CACAGCGUACUAUUUUGCUGCGUGCGCUCCUCAAACUAAACGCUGCAGCUGCCGUCGUCUUCCCUUCCCUACUCAACACACUGUCGCACAACCAUGGCGGACAGUGCGAGUGAGAGCGACACCGACGGAGCGGGUAGCAGCUCAGCCACCCCGAUGUCGUCCUCCGCUUCAAAUUCUGGCAAACCAAGCAUAGUCAUUUCACAGUUUCGUCUGGAGGAACUGACGAACCGCCUUGCCUCGUUACAACAAGAGAACAAAGUUCUAAAAAUUGAGCUCGAGACGUUUAAACUGAAGUGCAAAGCCUUGCAGGAGGAGAAUCGGGACCUCCGCAAAGCUAGCGUCACCAUUCAAGCAAGAGCAGAGCAAGAGGAAGAAUUUAUCAGCAACACCUUAUUCAAGAAGAUCCAAGCUCUCCAGAAGGAGAAGGAAACCUUGGCAGUCAACUAUGAGAAGGAGGAGGAAUUUCUCACCAAUGAACUUUCAAGAAAACUCAUGCAACUCCAGCAUGAGAAGGCAGAGUUGGAGCAGCACUUGGAGCAAGAGCAGGAGUUCCAGGUUAAUAAGCUCAUGAAAAAGAUCAAGAAAAUGGAGAAUGAAACUAUCUCAAAGCAGCUAACCCUGGAACAGUUGAGGCGGGAGAAGAUCGACCUUGAGAACACAUUAGAGCAGGAACAAGAAGCUCUGGUCAACAGACUGUGGAAACGAAUGGACAAACUGGAGGCUGAGAAAAGAAUCCUUCAGGAGAAGUUGGACCAGCCUGUAUCAGCUCCUCCCUCUCCUAGAGAUGUUUCCAUGGAGAUAGACUCACCAGAGAACAUGAUGCGGCAUAUCCGCUUCCUGAAGAAUGAAGUGGAGCGACUUAAAAAAAGCCUGCGCACCACUGAGCUGCAGCACACAGAGAAGCGUGCCCAGUACAUAGAGGAGGAGAGACAGAUGAGGGAGGAAAACAUCCGGUUGCAGAGAAAGCUUCAGAGAGAAAUGGAGCGCCGGGAGGCCCUGUGCAGGCAACUGUCAGAGAGUGAAUCCAGUCUGGAGAUGGAUGAUGAGAGGUACUUCAACGAAAUGUCUGCACAGGGUUUGCGUGCCAGGACUGUGUCCAGCCCCAUUCCUUACACUCCCUCUCCUAGCUCCAGCCGACCCAUAUCACCUGGUCUCUCAUAUGGAACUCACACAGUUGGCUUCACCCCUCCAGCUACUCUGUCCAGAGCUGCCAUUUCCCACUACAACACCCCUGCCCUGCACAUCCAUGGAAGCUCCUCUCAUGCCGUUGCAAGGCCCUCUCCGAGAAGAAGCACCAGCCCUGACAAAUUCAAACGUCCAACGCCUCCACCUUCUCCCAACACACACUCAGGGGCCCAGCAGGCUCAACCUCCACUCCCCCCACCAGCUCAGCCCAUGGUCCAGUCCAUGUCCUCUCCGGCGGCCAUGUCACAGCAUGCAGCACCACCACCACCACAGCAGCCUCCCUCCCAGCCUUAACGCCACACAGUCUCUGUUUGCGCAUGAUUGCGCCCACGGAAUGCAACGAUGCUACCGCAGCAACUUCCAUCAUUACCAGCUCUGGAAGUGAAGUUUCUUACUCUUAACAAAGUCCACAAAAGACGCAACUUCAAAAGUUUUAGAGGGAAAAGAAACAAGAUGGCAACUCCGCCUUGGUGAAGGUAGCCGCCAGCCAAAUCCACAUGUGGCGUUACUCAACUACUCUUAAAAGGAAUGGAUGGACUUAAAAAAUAAUUGCUUCUGGGAUUUGUAGGAUAAUUAUUUGCUCCACCUUCUGUAUUGUACUUUUUUUUUUUCUUUUGCUUGGGACUUUAGCUGGUUGGAAUUGUUGUUGUGGCUCUUCUAAGAUAGCACAAACAGCACAGUCAGUAUGUUUCAUGGUGGUGUUUAUGAUAGGUUGGAUGUUUUCAAUCAUUGAAUGGAUGCUCGGAUAAAGAAAAUGACGGAUUAAUAGAUGGUCAAUUAUUUUCAUGCCUAUAAUAUGAACUCAAUAGCAGUAAUGUCCUCCACUCCAGCUCACUCUUUGUCUUUUAAGCAGUGUCAGCAAUUCACCAUGAACCUAAGUUUAUCGUGGCUUUGAUUAGGUCAUCAAGAAGUGUCCUAGAAGACUGCUUUGAGUUUCUCCAUUACAGGGCAUUGUUCAAACAGAGCCUGCAGCACAGUUCUUUUAGUUUUUGAAAACAUUCAAGGCUGUUCUGCUUCUCAGUUAAAAUAAAAAAAAAAAAGGAAAAACGGCAUCAAUGAGGAUGGACACCGGUACAUAAACCACAGAUAAAUGUUGCCUUCUGAGGUGUUUAAAAAUAUAGUCUGAGGUGUUACAACUUAAGUCAUGUACUCUGUCUCUUUGAUCUCUGGUGUAUUUCUGAAAGCUUCUAUCAUCCUAAUGGAUACUCAUCCAAAAAAGCAAAAAAAAUAAAUAAAGCUCUUUACACUAAAUAUACAUACUGCUAAAACAUUCUAAUUGAAAGGUACUGUUGAACUAAAUUUCUAUGUAUGAUUAAAGCUGUUGAGAUGACGA